UGUGUAAAUACGUUGCUAUUGGAUUUUUGAAAACUUUCUAUGACAAAAUCGAUAGAUUUAAUAUGAAUAAGAACCUUUCAAAUAGAAUGUGAGCAUUAUAGAAACAAUGAUAUUGAUUUUAAUGAUCGAUCAGCAGCCACACAGGUUAACUGGUUGUUGAAAUGGAAAACGCAAUGAAAACGUUGGUGAUAUUUACUUUGACCAUCUAUACAGUGUCUGCUUUCGGUAUUUCAAAUAAUACAAGACAGGACAGUAACACGUUCUUAAGUAUUGCUAACAUAAGAUCGCCUUUCGUAUGUGGAAUGCUUUGUUUACAGGCAGUAAGAUGUGAGGCGGUCAAUUUUAGAGCAGCUAACAACACGUGCUUCUUCUUGGACCAAACCAGUACCAGUUCCAUGCUCUCAGAGACAGGAUAUGUUUCAUCAAACAUUUCAAGUUGGAAGCCGGAAGUAGCAGGACACUGCCAGACAAAACCAUGUGACAUCAACUCUCUCUGUGUACCCAAUACAAGUAGUUACAACUGUAUCACAGCGGCAUGGGCGCAAUAGAGUGAGACCGUCGCAUGAUGUGGAAAAUCUUUGUAGACGUUUUUAUAGUAUUUUUCGUUUGAGAAAAGAGUGAUUAUAUCUACAUAGUCGCUGUCAAAUUUCAACGAUUCGAUACUAGUAUACUCGAUAUACAUGUAUUUAUUGACAAUUUGCCGUUGUGCAUUCAUGUAGGUUAGAUAUUUGUGAAAAGCAUUUGGAAAGGUAAUGCCAGGAUCGUUUUACACUCACUAGAAUAUGAUGACUUGUUACAUUUCUAUUUUUGUAUGUGUUAUUGUGUACAUUACUGAUAGUUUUCAUCGCUUAGACUGUUACAACUAUAUUUUUUUCAAUAAAUACAGUUUUGGGAACUUACUUACAGAUUUUAUCUUGAGUUAUACUCGGUUUGUUGCUCCGCCAAAUCAAAGACAACAGCUUUUUCGUUUCAGCUACUGUUUCGACCUCUUAUUAGUUUGUUGUUGAUACUUAGAAGACCUAUUUGAAAGUCUACAAAAAUGAAGAUGAUUAGAUUUCAUGCUGAUGACUCUCGAUAUAUAGAUACCGAUGAUACACAAUUAUAAAACAACUUGUGUAAUUACAAACGACCAAGAAAGUACGUUUUUAAAAAGCACCAAAAUGAUUUUUUGCAAGAUGAUAUUACAUUAGAAAAACCAUACAGAAAAGCUAAGACGAUCUUUUCUUCCGGCUGCUGUUUUGGUUUCAUCCGCUCUUU